GCUGUGGUUUCCUGUCACGUUGCUUUUGUUCUGCAGGGAGCUUCCUUUGGCCUGUCUGUACAUUAGGAGGGAGGCUAUGGAGUCAGUAAUAGGCGCUGCAGAGAUCUCAGAGAAGAGGGAUCUCGCAGCUAAAUACUGGAAAGUCAACUAUUGUACAGAUGUGUGAGUGCCACAAAAGCGGUAGGAUUUGGACCCGAUCAGGAGGGGAAAUACCCAGUCUACAGAAAUGUCAUCUGAUUGGAAAAUCUGGUUUGAAAUGGUUGCACUUCUAAAUAAGAUUGCCGUGUUAGAGUCAAGGCUACUGUGGCGUGAAAGGGAAAGCGUUUGUGGUCUGCUGUUCACAUCUAUGAUUCAGACUUCCACAGCCUUUACAAUAAGUGGUGAUGUCAUAGCUUCCUGGAAGCAUCUUGUUAUAGGAGCAGCUUUAGCUUUUGUUCUUGUGUUAUAUCAUCCCAAGUCUUUUGUCUCACUGUCCAGUAGCAGGCUCGUUUUGUCACAUACAGCAUAUGAUCCCAAGCUGUGUGGGAAAUUGUCCCCACCCCUCAGAUCCUUUGUUGAUACAGAGCCUGAAGGCUUCGUUCUGGGGUUUUGAAAAUGCUUGCUGUCAUGGUGGACAUUAUAUCUGCUGUUUGUCUUAACCUGCAUUUACAGUCAUAUCUCUGCAGAUCAUCAUCCAUUAAGGCCUCAAUUCACUGGUUUGUUUUCUUACUGUAAUUAUUUGACAGUGUCUGGUACUGCAAUGCAAAGUACAGACAAAUAUUCUCCCUGUAACCAUACAGAUUAAUCCUGAAUCAUUACAUGUAGGAAGUCUUUCCUCUGAAGAUAGAAGAAAGGCACUUUCCCACUCACAAAGAGAAGCUCAUAAGCACGUGCAGUUCAAUGGCCCAGUUGAAUCUCCUAGAGCAGCAUCUUGGUUAAAACUGAGUUUGUCUCAUGACUGAUCGCAAAGUGUGAUUCUCUGCAUCUGGUUUUGCUGGAGAGUUCAGGGCUGUUUAUGCAGAGCUGGAAUACUAAGACCUUUCUUUUGAGCAGUAGCUGGUCUGAAAUCUGGAGGAAAUUAUCUGUCCCAUCCCCCUGCCCGUCUACCUGUCAAAACUUUCUCAUAGGACUUCAGAUAUUGCUCCACUGUAGGACUGGGUAUGGAGCAGAUCCUUUCUCUGGGUGUGAGCUGAGAGGGGACUUCUUAGGAGGAACCCUGAGAACCCUCUGCUUCCAUGCUUAUGCAGGGAGCAACUCCAGGAUUCUUCAGCGGAAGGAUGAUUGUGUUUUACUCCAAAAAGCUCAAGACGUCCAGCAGGCAGUAGGAGCACAGACUGGAGCUGAAAGGACUCAGUGCAGGAAAUGACAUUGCCAGUCCUACAGAGCACUCGGUAUUUUCUAGAACUAUGCCAAGAAAAAGAAAGCUGUUAGCUCAGUUAAGCACACUCCAAAGCAACGCCAGCAUCUCUCCUUCUGAGGCCUUGAAGAACCUGGCCACUGCUCCUGAUGGGAACUCUUCUCCAAAAAGCAGCAAAUAUUUUGCAACAGAGAAAAAGAAAUCUUCCCAGCUCGAAGCAGAUUUCUUCAACCAGCCCUGCAUUAGCCUGGCCAAAUCCUUCCUGGGGCAGAUUCUGGUUCGCAAACUUCCCGACGGCAGGGAACUCUGGGGGAGGAUUGUUGAAACAGAAGCUUAUCUGGGUGGGGAAGACGAAGCCUCCCACUCAAAAGGUGGGAAGCAAACUCAACGGAACGCAGCCAUGUUCAUGAAACCCGGAACUCUGUACGUGUAUCAGAUCUAUGGGAUUCAUUUCUGCGUGAACGUUUCCAGCCAAGGGGAAGGGGCUGCAGUCUUACUCCGCUCUUUGGAGCCUCUCCAGGGUUUAGAUGUGAUGAGGGAGCUGCGCAGCGCUUCAAGGAAAGGACCCACAAAGCCACUGAAGGACUGGCAGCUGUGUAAUGGGCCCUCCAAGCUCUGCCAAGCAUUUGGGAUUGAUAAGGCUUUUGACCAAAGGGACCUGACUGAAGAUGCGGCCAUCUGGAUGGUGCCUGGACAGGAGCUGCCAGGGGAGCAGGACGUGGUAGCCACGACCAGGAUUGGUAUUGGGAACAGAGGAGAAUGGUCAGAGAAACCUCUCAGGUUUUAUUUACGGGGAAACAAAUUUGUGAGUGUUGUAGACAAGAAAAUGGAGCGAGAGAUGGCGGCAGUGGAACCCAUCUCUUGCAGCUGAUGAGUCCUGCAAGUGUGCCACCAACCGGGACCUGAGCUGUGCUCUGUCUGAGAGCCUCAAGCCUUGUUGGGGCAGCAGCAGGAAGGGCAGCUUGGAGGUUUUUAACAAUAAAUGUACUUUAUCACAGUGA